CCAAUUUCCUUUUUUUAUCCUUACCACUUUACCAGCUGGCAGAGAGCCUUCCUUUCCGGAUUCUCUAUUUCCUUUCCUCAUUCCCAAUCUUCGAUCCUUCCCUAAAAACAACUGACGAGAGAUCGAUGAUGAUGAUGAAGAUGCCUUGGAGGAGGAAGAGCAGGAGCUUCCAUCUUCAGCUACAAGGGGCAAUUGGUACCAUUCAAUCUCCAUUCCUAUUCUCAUUUACCAAUUAUUGCCAUUCUUCUACUUCCACACUUGAAGAAGCACUUUUCUUGACAAAUAACUUCAAAUCUGCUUCUUUUACGCACCUUGAUGAUGCCAUUGCUUCCUUCAAUCAUGUAAUUCAUAAGCAUCCUCUGCCUUCUAGGGUUCCAUUUAAUAGAUUUUUAUCUGCCCUUGUGAAAAUGAAACAAUAUCACACUGUCCUUUCCAUGUCCAAAACAAUUGAAUUGCUAGGAAUCUCUCACGAUGUUUAUUCUCUUAGCAUCUUAAUUAAUUGCUUCUGCCACUUACACCUUGUGGAUUUUGGCUUCUCUGUUUUUGGUAAGAUGCUAAAAUUUGGAUUGGAGCCUGACGUUGUCACGUUUAAUACCUUAAUUAAUGGGCUUUCUAUAGAGAGUAAAAUGGACAAAGCAUUGGAAUUUUUCGAUGAUAUGGUUGCACGUGGUUAUCAACCUAAUGUUCGUACUUACAGUGUGAUAAUAAACGUAUUGUGUAAAUUUGGGAAAACAAAUGUGGCUAUUGGGCUACUAAAGGAAAUGGCUGAUAGAGGUUGUGAGCCAGAUGUUGUGACAUACAAUGCAAUCAUUGACACCCUCUGCAAAGAUGAGCUAGUUGGUGAGGCUUUAGAGCUCUUCUCUCAAAUGAGGAAUAAGGGCAUUUCACCUGAUGUCAUCACUUACACUGGUUUAAUUCACGGUGUUUGCAAAUUAGGCCAAAAGAACCAAGCUUUGGCCUUGAUGAAUGAAAUGGUGGAGCAGAACAUAUCACCUGAUGUUUAUACCUUCAGUGUAUUGAUUGACGCUCUUUGUAAGGAUGGAAUGGUUUCAGAGGCUCAAAAUACAUUCAAUAUAAUGAUUCAAAGAGGUGUAGAGCCUAAUGUGGUCACCUACAAUUCCUUAAUUGAUGGUCUUUGCAUUUCAGACCAAUUGAAGGAAGCUUUGGCCUUGUUGAAAGAAAUGGUGGGGAGGAACAUAUCCCCUGAUGUUUUUACCUUCAAUAUAUUGAUCGACACUCUUUGUAAGAAAGGACUGGUUUCAAUUGCACAGAAUAUAAUCAAAAUAAUGAUUCAAAGAGGUGUGGAACCUGAUGUUGUCACUUAUAAUUCAUUGAUGGAUGGAUAUUGUCUGUGCAAGCAAAUUGAUAAGGCUAGAAAGCUAUUUGAUCUGAUGGUGAUCAAUGAAAUAGCUGACAUUUUUAGCUACAACAUUUUGAUCAAUGGAUAUUGUAAGUGCAAAAUGAUAGAUGAUGCAAAGGAAAUUUUUGAUGAAAUGUCUCAUAAAGGUUUAGUUUCUGAUGCUGUUACUUAUCAUACUCUUAUAAAUGGUAUGUUUCAAGCAGGGAGGCCCCAAAAUGCAAAAGAGCUCUUUAAGGAUAUGUGCUCUCAUGGUCAACAACCAAAUAUAGUAACCUUCUCAAUUAUGAUUGAUGGCUUGUGUAGACAGGGGAAUCUCGAUGGGGCACUCACACUAUUGAAAGCAAUGGAGAAAAGUCAGUUGAAGCCUAAUUUUGUGAUCUAUAGCAGUCUGAUCAAUGGUAUGUGCAAAGUUGGGAAGAUUAAUGAUGCCAAGGAACUUUUUUCUGGUCUUUUUAAAAUUGGUUUACAACCUGAUGUUUGUGUAUAUAAUGCAAUUAUGAAAGGACUCUGCCAACAAGGAUUAAUGGAUGAAGCGUAUAAGUUAUUUAAAGACAUGGAAAAGGUAGGAUGUUUACCAAAUAGUUGUUGUUAUAAUAUCAUCAUUCAAGGGUUUCUCAGGCAUGAGGAUUUACCAAAAGCAUCAGAACUAAUCAACGAAAUGGUUGAUAAGGGGUUCUCUGCUGAUGAUGCUACCACAGAAUUGGUAGUACAUUUGUCGCAGAAUAAUGAUCUCAUUCUAAGCAAACUACGAAAUCGUUCUGAGGCUUCUAAAGCUGUGCAAUUCGGAUUGGAGCCUACCACUGUGACAUUUACUACAUUAAUUAAUGGGCUUUGUAUGGAGAGUAAAAUGGAUAAAACAGUGGAAUUUUUCGAUGAUAUGGGUGCACGUGGUUAUCAACCUGAUGUUUGUACUUUCAAUGUGAUAGUAAACGGAAUGUGUAAAUUUGGAAAAACAAAUGUGGCUAUUGGGCUACUAAAGGGAAUGGCUGAUAGAGGUUGUGAGCCAGAUGUUGUGACAUACGGAGCAAUCAUUGACGCCCUUUGCAAGGAUGAGCUAGUUGGUGAGGCUUUAGAGCUCUUCUCUCAAAUGAGGAAUAAGGGCAUUUCACCUAAUGUCAUCACUUACAAUAGUUUAAUUCACGGUGUUUGCAAAUUAGGCCAAAAGAACCAAGCUUUGGCCUUGAUGAAUGAAAUGGUGGAGCAAAACAUAUCACCUAAUGUUUAUACCUUCAGUGUAUUGAUUGACGCUCUUUGUAAGGAUGGAAUGGUUGCAGAGGCUCAAAAUACAUUCAAUGUAAUGAUUCAAAGAGGUGUAGAGCCUGAUGUGGUCACCUACAAUUCCUUAAUUGAUGGUCUUUGCAUUUCAGACCAAUUCAAGGAAGCUUUGGCCUUGUUGAAAGAAAUGGUGGGGAGGAACAUAUCCCCUAGUGUUUUUACCUUCAAUAUAUUGAUCGACACUCUUUGUAAGAAAGGACUGGUUUCAAAUGCACAGAAAAUAAUCAAGAUAAUGAUUCAAAGAGGUGUGGAACCUGAUGUUGUCACUUAUAAUUCAUUGAUGGAUGGAUAUUGUCUGUGCAAGCAAAUUGAUAAGGCUAGAAAGGUAUUUGAUCUGAUGGUGACCAAUGAAAUAGCUGACAUUUUAGGCUACAACAUUUUGAUCAAUGGAUAUUGUAAGUGCAAAAUGAUAGAUGAUGCAAAGGAGCUUUUUGUUGAAAUGUCUCAUAAAGGUUUAGUUCCUAAUGCUGUUACUUAUUCUACUCUUAUAAAUGGUAUGUUUCAAGCAGGGAGGCCCCAAACUGCACAGGAGCUCUUUAAGAAUAUGUGCUCUCAUGGUCAACAGCCAAAUAUAGUAACCUUCUCAAUUAUGAUUGAUGGCUUGUGUAGACAGGGGAAUCUCGAUGAGGCACUCACACUAUUGAAAGAAAUGGAGAAAAGUCAGUUGAAGCCUAAUUUUGUGAUCUAUAGCAGUCUGAUCAAUGGUAUGUGCAAAGUUGGGAAGAUUAAUGAUGCCAAGGAACUGUUUUCUAGUCUUUUUGAAAUUGGUUUACAGCCUGAUGUUUGUGUAUAUAAUGCAAUUAUGAAAGGACUCUGCCAACAAGGAUUAAUGGAUGAAGCAUAUAAGUUAUUUAAAGACAUGGAAAAGGUAGGAUGUUUACCAAAUAAUUGUUGUUAUAAUAUCAUCAUUCAAGGGUUUCUCAAGCAUGAGGAUUUACCAAAAGCAUCAGAACUAAUCAACGAAAUGGUUGAUAAGGGGUUCUCUACCGAUGAUGCUACCACAGAAUUGGUAGUACAUUUAUCGCAGAAUAAUAAUCUUAUUCUGAGGCUUUUAAAGGUGCGCAAUGAGGGAUCAGCAAACUAAAGUUGUUAUAUCUUGACCAUUCAAGUGUAUCUUGGACUGCAACUUGGUAAUUACCUUUUUCAAAUAUAAUAGAUAUGUAAUUUAACUAACUUCCUCAAAUAUCAUUUUUAAUUUCAAU